AUGCCAACUCUUAAGGAAAGAAACUGGCACUCCAGGAAGAAGUUUGUUCAGGAUGAGGUGUUCCAAGGGGAUACUGAGUGUGCUCAUACUGGGAUUGGAGAGGAUUUGAAAAACCUGGAUCAUGAGCUAGAAGCAGGGAGAAGUAUUCGGUCAAAGAGUGAUACUGAUGGCCUGGAACAACUUGAAGAGCAUUUUGUUGCAAAAGUUGGUACAGAUGAGGAGGAAGCCCAAAAAAUUGGCAAUGUCUAUUUGAAAGAUAUUGCACAAGUUUUAUCAUCACAUUUUCGUCGGAUGACUAAUGACGAACUUGGAGUUACCCUUCUACAGUCCAGUAUUGAUUCGGCUCCUGUUUUUGAGGAAGAUGAUGUGGACAUCAACAAGAUUCUUAAACAGGUUGGAGAUCGUUUGGAACAGAAGUUGUCAUCUUACAUGACUAUUAUAGCAAGCAAUAAGAUUUCUGUGGAGCAGCUGCAUUCAAGACAUUUUCUCAACACAAGAGGGACAUUGAUGCCUUGCUGCUUGAUUCCAGAUCACAUGCUACACUUUGUGAAGCGCUUUGGUGCAAGAGUGAGCCAAGACACAGUGUGCCACAUUGUUCCUUCUGGUCUACAACCUCAGAUGGUCAUACCUGCUGAAAAUCUCACAAGUGCUUUUGCACAGCAUGUAGAUCAACAUGCCAGCAUCAAAUGGCAGUACUUCAUCUCUGCUCAAGGAGUGCACACAGAAUUCCCUGCUCACAGAAUGCAGGUUGGACCAUCGUGCAUUUCUCAAGAUGAAGCACGUCAUAGGUCUGUAUUCAUUUCUACAAUGGCAAAUACUCCCAAGAAGACAGUGCUGAUUAUUGAUGGAGCAUCUGGUCACAUUCCAGAGAUCUCCAGGGCUGUGGAAACCAUUGGGAAAUAUUUCAUAUCCCUGCUCUCUGAGAAGGAUAAAAUUGGAGUUGUUUGGAUGGGGCCAGAAGAACAAGAUUUUAUCCAUGAAUGCUUGAGUGAAGCCAAUACAAGAACAAAAGAAGCCCUCUUGCAUUUCUUUGAGCCCUUAAAAGUUGGGAGUGUGAGAGUGGCUAGCAAGAGUUCACAGUGGGAACUAGCUGAGGCAUUCCAUAAAGCUGUAGAGCUCCUGGAUGCAGACACAAGGGAUCAAAAUGAAGAGAAGGAAGAAAAUCUCAUUUAUCUGGGAUUGAGAGCCCCAUCUUCUUCAGAGGAAACUGCUAGAAUAUUGACCGUGAUUGCUGAGAGAGCUUCAAAAAUUUCAUCUCUGUUCAUUGUUCACACCAUCUCCAUUUUCUCAGAUGAAAGCAGACAAAGGAGAAAGAUGUCAACAGACUUUUUAGAGGAUGUGGCCCGACAAGAAUAUUCAAAGUACAAUGUGAUGUAUGAGAGACAGCAGGCAAUCUAUCCUGGUCUCUCACUCACCUUGAAUACUUCCUCUCCAUCUCUCAUUCUUCCAUUUGAAGCUCUGUUUGGGCCAUUUUCUGCUUCUCAUGGAAUUCACUUUUCUUUGCCUCAUCAUGACUCUAUCAGUGGACGUCCAGUUAUCAGUGUGAGCCAGGCUUGUUUCCAUGUGCGGAAAACAAUUGGGAUUGUGGGUCUGGAUGUAGACAUUGAAGACUUGGCCCAGGAUCUCAUGUAUCCUAAUUCUUCAAAGACUGAUAUCUAUGGAUUCCUUGUACAUGAGUCUGGGCAUGUGCUUGUUCACCCUCUAUUACCAAGACCAUCUCGAAUGUUUCAACACCCGAUUCAAAUUGACAUCCACUCUCUUGAAUCUCCUCUCAAGUCUUCAGCUGCUGCAAGUAAAGGCCUUCUACAGAAUUUCACAGGCAACUUCUCUCUAUCACAUUCUGGCAAGAAGAAGGAAUAUGUGUGGAUUCGACUGAAGGGCUCUCCAUACAUCCUUUGUUAUGUCAAGAGUGGGAAGUCAAGCAGUGAGAACAGCGGAAAGAAGUCUUCAGUGUCAAGGAACAUGACUUUGGGCACAAAGGGAUCAGACAAGCUUCUCUUUCAUCGCCUUGAUCUUUUACCUGAUUCCCAUUCUCAUACUCUUUGUUGGCAUUUCAAACGCUGGGUUACAUCUGAGGCAUGCACAUUGUACCUGUCACCGAAAGCGUACUUGGAGCCAUAUGAUCACUUGGUGGCAGAGGAGACAUUACGCUCCAUACAGAGUUUUAUGGCUUAUGUGAAUGAUGACACAAAGCUGAUAGCAAAUCCUGGACUACGAGCUGGAAUUCGAGAGCAUGUUCGAGCAUUGCUUCCUGUCAUGGAGUAUUGGAAACACAAGGCACAGACAUCUCGCCUCUCUGACUACAUACUUUUCAGAUAUGUGGCAACAGAGAGAGGAGUGAUGCUGACAUACCCUGGCACAGUGAUGGACAGUGAUUAUGACCCAAAUAGAAGUGGAUGGUGGGGACAUGCAUGGGACAAACCUGGGAAAGUGGUAGUGUCCCCUCCUCAUUUGGACCCAGGUGGAGCAGGCUAUGUCCUAACUGUCAGCCAUACACUUUAUCAAGGAAAGAGUGAUGGUCUUCAUCAUCAGGAUGAUCCUGUUGUUGCUGUCCUUGCUCUUGACAUAACUCUUGGAUAUCUCUACAGACUUAUUGUUGAUGCAAUUGGAGCCUGCAGAGAACCAGGAAUUCAUUGUUUCCUCAUGGAUGAUGAUGGAUAUAUACUGGCUCAUCCACAUUUCCUCACACCUGGAGUAGCAGUGGUAGGGCGACACCUGACACACAUGGAGAGUCUAAUUGCCAGUGAUCUCCUCAACCACAAUGGAUUUAUCAACAAGACAGUCUGCACAUCUCAUGUCUCCCAAACUCUUAGACGGUGGGUCUCAUGCCCUUCUCCUAUAGCUAAUGCCACUGUGGCUGUUCAUGGGAUAGGGAAGUAG